AUGUCUGUAUGGCUGGAGCAGGAGCAGGAGGAGGACAAGUGUCCGGCCCACCAACAAAAGCCCCCAUCCAUGCAGGAGCUCCCCUUGGCCUCCGAGGUAAACAGGUCUCAGGGCCUCACCACCGUCCCCUGGGAACUCAUCAUCAGACCCACCCCCCCCCCAAGGUGUCCCCCCUCCAAGGUGUUCCCCCUCCAAGGUGUGCCCCCCUCCAAGGUGUGCCCCCCUCCAAGGUGUUCCCCCUCCAAGGUGUCCCCCCCCAAGGUGUGUCCCCCCUCCAAGGUGUGUCCCCCCUCCAAGGUGUGUCCCCCCUCCAAGGUGCCCCACCCCCUCUAA